AUGGAGAUAAGCGGAACCUCCGCCCUGACCAUCUUCCUGUUCCUCGUGCCACUGCUGAUCCUUGUAUCAUCCUUGAGAGCCAACUCCAACUCCAGCUCCAAGAAGAGGCGGCCACCAGGUCCACGGGCGUUCCCCUUGGUGGGCAGCAUCCACCACAUGCUCACCUCGCAGCCACAGGCCGCACUCUGGGACCUCGCCGAGAGGCACGGGCCGGUGAUGCUCCUGCGGCUGGGGCAGGAGGUUCUCCAGGGCAACGACCUCAGCUUCGCGUCGCGGCCGAGCCUCGUCGCCUCGGAGAUCAUCUGCUACGGCCACCUUGACCUCGCCUUCGCGCCCUACGGCGACUACUGGCGCGCGCUGCGCAAGCUCUGCGUGCUCGAGCUCCUCAGCGCGCGCAAGGUCAGGCACUUCGCGCCCAUCAGGGACAGCGAGACCAUGUCCCUGGUCGCCGAGAUCCGCGCCGCCGCCGCCGCCGACGGUGAUGGGGAGGAAGCUGCUACUUUUAACCUCGGCAAGCUGCUGGUGUCGUGCACCAACUCCAUCACGGGGCUGGCGACCUUCGGCGACGGCUGCAGCGGCGAGCGCAAGGAGCAGUUCCUGUCGGCGAUGGCUGUGGUGCUGAGCCACGCCUCGGGUUUCAGCGUCUCGGACCUCUUCCCGUCGCUGUGGUUCGUGGACGUCCUGACCGGGACGAUACGCCGGCUGUGGAGGGCGCACCGGCAGCUGGAUGAGCUGUUCGACAAGAUCAUCGAGGAGUGCGAGGCGAGGUGGAAGGAUGAGUCUGCAGCUGCAGGAGAUAAUCUUCUGAGCAUCAUGCUGAGGGUCCGGGACAACGAGGAGUUCGCCUUCCCCUUCGGCAACGCAAACAUCAAGGCCAUCAUAGUGGAUUUAUUCAUAGCAGGGACAGAGACAAUUUCGUCCACUGCCGAGUGGGUCAUGUCAGAGCUAAUCAGACAUCCAGAAUCCAUGGCGAAGGCACAGGCAGAGGUUCGGACAGCCUUCAACAACAUCAUCCCACAGCACCACGAGUCUCACAUGGACGCGCUACACUACACGAGGCUGGUGAUCAAGGAGACACUGAGGCUUCACCCGUCCGUCCCCCUCCUCCUGCCCCGUCUCUGCCGGAAGACCUGCGACAUCGGCGGCUUUGAGGUCACCGAAGGUUCUAGGAAGCCCGAGUACUGGGGCGACGACGCCGAGGAGUUCAGGCCGACGAGGUUCGAGAGCAGUGUGGCUGACUAUCAGGGCACGGAGUUUCAGUACCUGCCGUUUGGCAGCGGGAGGAGGAUGUGCCCUGGCUCGGCGUUCGGGAUGGCCACGCUGGAGCUCGUCGUGGCGCGCCUCCUCUAUUACUUUGAUUGGAGCCUGCCGGGGACGAUGCGGCCGGAGGAGCUCGACAUGGAGACGAUAGUUGGCGGGACAGCCAGGAGACGCAACCAGCUGCACCUUGUGGCGACUCUGCAUGAUGUUCCUGUCCAAAGUUGA